UGUCUGUAAAUGCAAGUAAAGGUAUUGACCUAAAUUUUGUCUCUCCUCUUUUACCCGCCAUUUCUCUGCAACUUAGAAUUAUUGGAUUUUUACAAGCCUUCAUCAGGCUAUUCAAUAGGCUUUAGUCCUAUUUUUUCCCGUAAUUGCAUUUCUUUGCCGUAAUUCAUCCAUUACAGUUUGUGUCACUGUUCUUCUCGAGUUUUCAGUGACUUCAUUCUAGCUCCAUUGAUCACUGUGUGAUUUUCCGGUUCUGAUCUUAAUUAUAGUCUUUCAUGUAUUUUUCGAGCCUAUGAGCAAUGAUUCCCGCCAUGUUCCUGAGAAAUUCAGGUGAAAACCACUAUGUCUAUCCAUUAAUGGUGUAGUUCUGAAGAGAUGAGCCCUAAUGUGGGCAUUGACAGUGUAAUUUUCUGGUGUUUAGUUUUUGUUUUUCAUGAUGAGCUCAAGUCAUGAAAAACGCAAUGAUUUCAGCGACAAAAAAGGCCUAUAGAUUAUCCAGCACUUCAUAUACAGAGAUUUCUCCUUGCUUGCCCUUGCCCAGCCUUCCAGUUUUUUGCGGAGCUCUCAGCUCAGACCUCUCAGUCUUCGACUAUCAAAACUUUCAAUUCAUUGAUCGUCUUGAGAUACUUGCACAAGCUAGUAGGAUUGCAGCUCUCCUCAAAGACACUGAUGUUAGUUACCUUUCCUCAGGUUUCAUUAAGAAGCAGACUCAUCAUAACUUGCCAUCUGAAGGGAAAACCUUGGAGGAAAAGGUUAAAACUGCUGUCCUGGAAGAAAGAUUUUCAAAAGGGUCUCAGCACCACUCAGAUGGGCUUAUUAAUGUAUGCAAUUCCUGUUUGACGUUAAUCUAUGCUUGAUGUUUUGUUCUCAGUUGCCCUGUUUCUUUGAAUAGGAGUCAUAGGUUGAUUUAGGCAAAAUUUUCAGUCAUGUAAUUCAUGGAUGUUAUAUCUUCAUGUUUUACUUUUCUUAAAAACCUAAUUAGAUAAAGGAAAAAAAUUACCCUUGUUGAAGGGUAUUUGGUUUCCGUUC